CUCACACCCCCUCGAGCCUGAGCCAGCGUAUGACUGGUCUCAUUGAGCACACCGAUCCAGGCAGGAGGCGUGCCACGAUGGUAAAUCACUAUUUAAACAACAACUAAUCAAGCGCACGGGAGAAUAGACGGCAGAUCCUCCAAACUACUUGACACAGGUAAGACAUGCCUACAAUACAACAAAUAUUUGCCGACUGAUAAAACGGAUUGUUUUUCUUUCAGAUACUCUCAGGUAUGUUCUCAAGGAUACUGGAACGGCAGCAGUGCCAGAUUUUCUGAGGAUGGACAAGUUCAGAGCAUUAACCUGUAUCCAGUAAAACACAGCUAGAAUUUAAACUUUUGUCAGUGAUAAGAAAAAUCACAGAACAAAAUAAAGUACUAGCAGCCCCAUGUCAUAUAUUUCCAACUUCACGGAGCAAUAAGUAACAAUCCCUUUAAUUACGUUUAGAAAAAUAUGUGAUGGACCCCAAACAUUAUUUUAUUGAUUCUUGUUUUAAAUCUUUUUUAAAAAGGUUUUUUUCCUUAAUGAAAUCUUUAGUUAAGUCAUUAAGUUUUUCUUAAUGAAGUUACUUCAGGGCUUUGGGUCCCUGGGCUCGAGGUGUUAAACUCCCUGGGUGAUUGUCCGCACUCAUUUCUCCGUCUCUCCUCGGCUGCCGUACUGGGUGGAGAAGGAAUACAUUGUGCCCCAGUAACCCCUUUAUAUUUAACAGUCAGUGAUUUAUAUUUUCUGAUUUAUCCCAAACUGACAACGCACAUCCUCUCUCUUUCCUUCCAGUCAACGGCUGUCACUAUCCCCAUGGCGUCCAUUGAGCAAUUUCUAGACGGUGAGUGACCGGAAUAUUGUUUGUAAACCAAUUAUAACGUGCCUUUUUCAUGGAGGUAGAAUGACACAGUAUCCUGUCUGCAAGCUCAGUGUUCUAUUCCAUUAUUUUAUAUGUUCUCAGUCUCUAUCGGUGGAAGCUGUCCCUGGGGGCCGUUUAUAUCAGCCACCAAUGCAAUGUUCAUGCUGGUUUAUUCACUACACAGAGAAUUGUAGUGAACGGGAAACAAAAAUGCAAAAUUAGGGGUCAAAUAGGCGAGCUGCAACUAUAGCAGAGUUGGACAUGUUUCCCAAACUGGCUGCUUUUAUCAAAGUUUUCACAUUCAGGACAAGCUUCUGCUUAGUGAAUAAAUCCCACGUGUCUGAAUUUACUGUCAGGUACUGCCCUGGGAUGGUAUCUGAUCUGUGGAUCAAACGAUUUGCUAAAAGCAGCAUCUCUCAUUUGAUACAGUGCACGUAUUUAGUCACCUGGUCCAUACGAACUUUGGAGAACACAUUUUUACUGAAAAGACGCAUUUGUAUAAAAUGUAGUAGAAUGUUCUGCCACGUGAGCCUUGUAUUAUUCCAGGGACACAGUGUAUAAUUUAAUAGCACUAUUUCCUACAGGUGGGAGCAAGAAGUUCGAGGAAGAUUUCCUGUCGGCUCAUAAUGCGUAUCGGAAGCAGCACAGCACGCCUUCUCUCCAGAUCAGCCGAGAACUUUGCGCAUCGGCUCAGAAAUGGGCAGAUCAUCUGGCGGAAACGGGCAAAAAAGACCACUCGGGGCCUGGAGAAAAUUUGUAUUUCAAAAUUGGCUGCUUAAAAAAACUAAAAGGUAAGCAGCCCCUGCUGGCCCCUGAAUCACGAGUAGAAAUAGUUAUUGUUAGCCGUCAUUCCUUUUAACAGAACGGAUAUAGAUUUUGAUACAAAACGCACUAAGCCCCUCAUACCGACAGGAAACACACAAACCCAUACAAACGUGAUAUCCAUGGGUAUUCCUUCACAAACUAAGACGCCAUCUUACUUUAUCUGCCCCCUAUUAUACAAAGGUUACAUGUACCCUCCUAAACUAUAUACUCUGGGGUUUGGAGGGCAUGCUGGGUAAUGUACCUGUGUUUCUGGGUUGAAAGGUAAGAUUUGGUUUUCUUAAAACACAGCUCAGACACUGUAGAUUAUCACUGAAUUCUAACAAGUCGUGUCUAAAGCAGAGUUUCAGACUUUUUCCAUUUCAACCAUGUUUGUUAAAAUUGCAUAUCUCCCAAGUGUCCCUUUUUAGGACGGACAGUCCCUUUUUGGUCCAAAUCCUCUGUCCCUCUUUUCUCUCCUAAUGCCUGUCUUUUCUAGGAGCUCCAAAUUGUGUGUCUGAUUUCAGCACAGAGCUUCACAGCACAAUACUCCCAGUAAAAUAUCUAACAGCCCCACUCCUGGCCACACCCCCACUCAGAACAGCCCCGGCCCUGGUCACAGCCCUCCCCUGGUCACACACCCCCACUCAGAACAGCCCCUGGUCACACCCCUACCUAGAACAGUGGCCACACCCCCAGAACAGCCCCUGCCCCUGGCCACACCCCCACUCCGAACAGCCCUGCCCCUGGCCACACCCCCACUCAGAACAGCCCUGCCCCUGGCCACACCCCCACUCAGAACAGCCUCAUCCCUGGCCACACCCACACUCAGAACAGCCCUGCCCCUGGCCACACCCCCACUCAGAACAGCCUCGUCCCUGGCCACACCCACACUCAGAACAGCCCUGCCCCUGGUCACACCCCCACUCAGAACAUCCCCGCCCCUGGCCACCCACCAUUCACACUCUUAAAUUAAAGUGCCCCUCUCUGUCCGUGUAAAAUGUUCAGUUUUCAAUUUGGAGGGAAUAAUGUUGCAGGAUUAAUAAAAGAAAGGGUAAAAAUAAAACUCAGAGAGUAAUAAAGCAGAUUACACCAAUAUACCAGUGUUCAAGGUUACACUCACACACGUAUAUUGAUUGUAGGCGUAUCAAUGGUUUAGAGAUGGUGCAAGAUCCACUACACGAAAAAUGGGCAUGUGGGAGAGAGUAGAGACAUGUAAUAAAAGCAGACUUUAAAUUCAGUAUAUGCGCUUAAUUAACCCCUUCAGGACCGGACUGCUUUGGCCAUGUUGUACGUUAAGGACCAGAGCGGUUUUAACACUUUUGUGGUGUUUGUGUUUAGCUGUAAUUUUCCUCUCUCUCACUUAUGGUUCCCAUACAAGUUAUAUAUUGUUUUUUUUUUCAGGACAAAAGGGGCUUUCUUCACAUACCAUUAUUCGUAUCAUGUCAUAUAAUUUACUUAAAAUUUUUUUUUUUUUAAAUUUGACUUUUACUUGAAAAAUCUUUUACUCAUCUACAAAAGCGAAUGAAAAAAACUGCUAAAUAGAUUAAAAAUGUUGUCCUGAGUUUAAAAACACCCAGUGUUUACUAGCUUUUUUUGCAAGUUAUAGGGCUGUAAGUACAAGAAGCACGUUGCUGUUUCAAAAUAUGUAUUUUUAAAAUGUAUCAAUAGUGACAUUGUAACACUGUUAUCUGUCAUAAAUCUGUGAAUCACAAUACACAUGUACAUAUUUUUUUAACGUAGACAACCCAGGCUAUUCAAUAUGGGGUAUUUCCAGUCUUUUUUACUAGCCACUUCGUCACAAACACUGGCCUAAGUUAGCAUUUAUAUUUGUUUGUUAAAAAUGAACGCUAACUCUGGCCAGUGUUUGUGACUAAGUGGCUACUAAGAAAGACUGGACAUACCCCAUUUGCAAUACCUUGGGUUGUCUUCUUUUGCAAAUGGUAUGCCAUCAUGGGGGCAACUCUUAUUCCUGGGCUACCAUACGCUCUCAAAGGCAACAUAACCAACCUGGCAAUUUUUUAUGUAAAAAAUUUGACCCUUAUAUUUGACCCUGUAACUUUCAAAAACAAUAUAAAACCUGUACAUGGGGGGGUACUUUUUUACUUGGAAGACUUUUCUGAACAUAAAUAUUAAUGUUUUAAAACUGUAAAACGUAUCACAACAAUUAUAUCACCAGUGAAAGUGCUGUUUGUGUGUGGAAAUUGCAAAAUACUUCACUUUCACUGACAAUACCAUCGCUGUGAUAUGUUUUACUGUUUUGAAACACUAAUAUUUGUGUUCAGCGAAGUCUCCCGAGUAAAACAGUACCCCCCAUGUACAGGUUUCAUAGAAAGUUACAGGUUUAAAUACAGUGCUAGCAAAUUAAAUUUGUUGGACUUUUUUUGCCUGGGUUGCCAGGCAGGUCCUUCAAAUUGCAAUCAAUAAAAUUACUUAAUUAUGCACGUAGAAUUUAAAUAUAUAUAUACAUAAUUACAUAUUUGAAGUCUACGUGUAUAUUUAUGAAAUUAUUUAUGUAGUUUUGUAAAUGGAGAUAUAUAUAUAUAUAUUUAAUAUUAUUUUUAUUUAUUUAUAUAUACAUAGAUAUAUAUAAUUCUUACUGUAUUUUUAUAUAAAUAUAUAUUAGUAUCAAAAUACAGUUAGAAUAAAAUUUCAUAUAUAUAUAAUGUUUUACAUUUUUAUUUUAUUUUAAAGUUUUUUUAUUUAUAUUUGCUUUUUAUUUAUAUUUUAUAAUAAUAUAUAUACACACAAUAUAUAUAGUUAUUAUAUAUACACACACACGUGUAAUUUAAUUCUGAGUGUAUUUUUAUAUUUAUAUAUAUAUAUAUAUAUAUAUAUAUAUAUCCUCAAGGGGAUGUUUCCGAUGACCGUCCUGAACCGUCAUCGAUCCUUAAGAGGUUAAAUCACACUUACAAGCUUGAAGUAAUGUAUGAGCAUAUUGAAUCCAGGGGGUGUGAUCCCCAAUGGUUAUCCACAGGUGUGAAGGAUGAAGAAUGCCUCUUCUUGGUUAUAAGAAUAAUUUAUUGGACAUAUAUUAAAAAAAAAAAAAAAAAUCACCCUAAACACUCCCUACAAUGGCCCAGCCCUACGCGUUUCGUAUGCUACAAAUUAGGGGUAAUAAUCGUCCAGUAUCCUGUGUGGUGUAAUUCCUUGUGUGUCAUCCAUUGUUGUUUUGAAUGUGAAGAUGCCACUCCCACGGUUGUCGGAAGCCAAUCCGUGUUGAAUAAUCUCUGCUGUAGCUCAUAUUUGCGGAGUGCUUUUCAAGCCUCGCUUUCAUUUGCCGUCUGACUCUAUCUUACUCUAUCUCUAAACCAUUGAUACGCCUACAAUUAAUAUACGUUUGUGAGUGUAACCUUGAACACUGGUAUAUUGGUGUAAUCAACUUUAUUACUCUAUGAGUUUUAUUUCUCUGUAGACCCCUUUCUUUGUAUUUGUAUUGUGAGGACUGGGAGGAGUCCUAUCUUUUUUCUACCGCUUAAAAGAAGUGUAUAUGUAAAUAAUGUUUUACACUCACACUGUGUGUCUUUCCACUGAGUUAUAAGGGUGAUAAGCCAGUAUUGUAUAUUUAAAUGUUGAAGGACGGAAUGAGGCUAGAUGUAUACAGAGUUCAAAGAAUAAAUGGGACCAUGUUUGACAGAAUUAGAGGACCAUGUCUGUGAAUGAAGUUGCUUAGGUUGUACUUAAUUACAAGUUUUAAAAAAUGCAAAGAAGUUUCAAAAUCUCUUUCCAUUUUUUCUUUAUAGGCAAUGAGCCUGUGGAUUCAUGGUACAAGGAAAUUAAGGAUUAUGAUUACGGCAAACCAGAGUUUGGAUUGCAAACAGGUAAGUGUGGCGGAGCUCCAAUACUCAACCAGAGUAUCCCCACCAAAGUUCGACCAGUGUAUCCCCACCAAAGCUUGACCAGAGUAUCUCUACCAAAGCUUGACCAGAGUAUCCCCACCAAAGCUUGACCAGAGUAUCCCCACCAAAGCUUGACCAGAGGAUCUCUACCAAAGCUCGACCAGAGUAUCCCCACCAAAGUUCAACCAGAGUAUCCCAACCAAAGUUCGUCCAGAGUAUCCCCACCAAAGCUUGACCAGAGUAUCUCCACCAAAGCUUGACCAGAGUAUCUCUACCAAAGCUCGACCAGAGUAUCUCUACCAAAGCUCGACCAGAGUAUCUCUACCAAAGCUCGACCAGAGUAUCCCCACCAAAGCUUGACCAGAGUAUCUCUACCAAAGCUUGACCAGAGUAUCCCCACCAAAGUUCAACCAGAGUAUCCCCACCAAAGCUCGACCAGAGUAUCCCCACCAAAGCUCGACCAGAGUAUCCCCACCAAUGCUCGACCAGAGUAUCCCCACCAAAGCUCGACCAGAGAAUCUCUACCAAAGCUCGACCAGAGUAUCCCCACCAAAGCCUCUCUCUUUUUACUGCAGAGUAUUCAGUUAUAUAUAGCAGCCCACUCAAACAUUAUUUGAGACUUCAUGAAGAGUAAUAACAUGAGAACUUUAUAGGAUUCCAAUGCACAUAUUUAUACACAGACCCUCGGCAGGGGGUUGCUAACUAGAACAAUGUAGAUCCCACCCAGACACCUCUGUGUCUGGGAGAUAACAAUCAAGUACAGCUAAUCUAAUUAACUUCCAGACAACAGGGCUCCUUAACAGAAUAUCCCCAAAACAUACUGUAAAACAUCAAUAGACCCCACAUAUAAAGUAUGCCUGCAUAACUGGUCCCCGAGCGCCCUAACUGGUGAAAUAGCGCCUUUAUACCAUGUAGAAUUGAAUCGUCACCCGGUUAAACGCUUGCCGGGCCGCGGCUGAGUUUCGAUCCGAGAGAUAGUUCCACGCAGCCGGCUGGAGUUGGCAGGUUUCCUCAGAGCAUAUACCCUGCCUAGACAGGUGGUCAAAUUUCAGGGUGCUUGUUUUGGUAGUGUCUGCUAAGAGAAGGAAAGAUUCAUAGCAGGGUAAUUAUCAGUCCUUUAUACUCAUAUUACUUCACACAGUCUCAUAACAUGGUAAGUGGCAGUUAUAGUGCUCAGUCCCUCGCAGGUGGACUUGGAGGCAGAGCAUGGUCACGACACAUGGACAAUUUCUUAUAAGGCAGUAGAAUGCCUUUUACUAUUUUAAGGUACGCUGAGGCCACCAAGUGGACACUUUUAUUACUGCAUUUGGUCAUUUUUUGUAUUUGACUGGAUUACAGGUUUCAUGUACUUACCUGUUUAACUGUAUGUAUUAUUCUAUAAGUACUACAUCAAUUUAGGAAACAAGCCAAGCAACAGCCAACAUUUCCCUUUGGUUGCUCUGUUACCGUAGCCCUAUUUACUGCAGCCAACGCCAAGACUUGUUUUGCCAUAUUUUGGACUUUAUAUGGCCUUUACGGUACUUGGACUCUAACAUGAAUUUAAAAUGUUAUUCUAAACUUUGUUGAUUUAUCCCAUUUAUUAUUAUUUUAUUAAAGCUUUUCUAGUAUUUCAACUUAUUUUACAUUCUACAUAUUCAUAUAAUCAUUUUAUUUAUCUUGCUUUACCUAUUCCUUUUUAUACCACUGCCUUUUUUAUUAUUUUAUCUUUUGUACUCUGAAUAUUAGCUGAGAUGAUAUGGUUACAGUGCUUACUGUGUCCCUUUAAGAUUGUUACAGAACCAUAUCGUCCUGUCAGUCUGAACAGUAGCUAACUGACAGUUACUGAUAUUCCCAAGAGUUGGCUCUCGGCUAAGCACCACAGGAGUUGUAGUUCAAAAAUAUCUAUCUCUCAGAUUGUACUCUUGGAUGUCCCUCCUCCCGCAGCGAGGGUUAGUGGGACCAGGCUGGAGGGACAGACUGUGCCAGCGGGUUAGUCUGAUUUUAAAACAAAAGUUUUUUUGUUGGGCAACCCUUUAACAUUGAAAGAACUUACAUUUUAAGGUUUUUUAAAGAAUGCUUUUAUAUCAUUACUGAGAACCAUAACAACUUAAUCUAAAUGAGGUCCUGGGAACCAGCUUACCUUAAGGUUUUUAUUAGUUUACAAGCAGUUUAUCACCAAUGGAGAGAUCGAAUGCGCGUGUGCGGCGUUGCGCAUUAGGUCUCCCCAGCCGGCAGGCGUGAUCAGUCUCCCCCGCGAAGGGGGAGGUGUGAGGGAAAGGGGACCUGCAGUGCCAGGAAAACUGAUUGUUUUAUGGAUUGAAAAUCACAGUGAGAAGACGCUGGACGUCCAUAGGAAAGCAUUAAGUAAUGCUUUCCUAUGGACUGACUGAAUGCGCGCGGCUCUUGCUGCGCAUGCGCAUUCGGCGCUGAUGUUGGCAGAGGGAGGAGAGUUCCCCAGCGCCGAGGAUAGCCCGGCGCUGGAGAAAGGUAAGUGUUUAACCCCUUCAGCCCAGCGGGAGUGGGACCCUGAGGGUGGGGUGGACCUAAAGACCCUAUAGUUGGUUUUCCUGGCACUAUAGUGGUCCUUUAACUACUUGCAAAGGGCCAUAGUAGUUUGUGUUUUUAAACUGUGAUGCAAACUGUCCUUUGGCGACCUCUGCUGGAUAAAAGUCUUACUACAAGCAACUGCAACAAUUUGUAUUUCAAAUAUAACAAGUCCCCUUGUAUUGUGAGAUGAUGUAUUUAUUGAAAGGUAUCAUUCUAUUUUACGUAUAAAUGGGAUAUGUAAUGAGGUUUUUCUUUCCAUCCGGACCGCCCAGGUCACUUCACGCAGGUUGUCUGGAAAGGCUCUCAGGAGCUGGGCUGCGGAGUGGCCACAGAUGGCAAAGGGUGCAUCGUUGUGGUAGGACAAUACAAGCCGCCGGGGAACAUCAACAUGCCUGGCGAGUUCGAGAAGAAUGUCCUGCCUGCUGUAACAAACUAGCCCACUGGCAAUGUAAAGCAAGAAACGCAAGAAUGGCUGGAGAUUCUCACCCUGUGUUAUGGGGGAGUGGGUGCUUUCAUUUAUCUGGCAUUUACAUAAUUACACAUAAAACACUGAAAAUCACCAAGAA